AUGUCGCACUGCCCAGGUAACCCAGGCUCCGCCCAAGCUGGCGAUAUGCCAGGCAGUCCUCGUACGAUGAAGAGUCGAGUCCUUGAAGCUGGCGCUUCGAUGGUACAAGACUUCACACCGGUCAAGCAGAUAUGUGCUCAUCUCAAUGCGUAUCAUAUCUAUGCCAAUGACCCAACUCGAUGCGUCGAAGCCAACCACUAUUGCACGCAUCUGACAGAAGAUAUCCGACAAUGCCUGAUCUAUGAUUCCCCUAAAUCCAACGCUCGUCUGAUCGGCGUCGAAUACAUGGUCUCGCCACGCAUUUUUGCUACGCUUCCAUCAGAAGAGCGCAAGCUAUGGCAUACGCAUGAAUUUGAAGUUAAAAGCGGUAUGCUCAUUAUGCCCGCCCCUGCAGGCAUGCCCAACGCGGCGUGGGAAGCUGCAGAGACAGCCGAGAUGGCAGAUAUUGCCCCGAUAUAUGGGAAGACAUAUCAUUUCUGGCAGGUCGAUCGUGGAGAUCCAGUACCUAUGGGUCCACCGCAGUUAAUGGGUAGCUUUACGACACCGGACAGUGUGAAGCUUGCUCACCCAGACGGUUUGGAUGGUCUGCUUAAAGAUCGGAAUGAGAGGUUUGGGGUCGAUCAUCGUGAAAAAGCGAAGAAACGAGAGGAUAUCUCACCCGUUGAUAAACAUCCUGAAGCGGUUGUUCCCAGCAGUUAUGGACUGCAAGGAGGGGUACAACAAGUCUCUCGGAGCUCGGAGCAUGCGCUCGAGGAACUCUUCAUGGACCGUCUUUUACGAUCAACGCUGAGGCUUCAGCGGGGUACUAUUGCGCGGUACGCCCUCAAUGGCACAGGCUUGUUCUGCGCCAUUUCUUUGUUCUGGGAGCACGUCGUGACCGUGCAGCUCAGCGAGGGUCCUUCGAUGUAUCCGACCUUCAAUCCUCGGGGCGACUGGCUCGUCAUCUCGCGACUGCACACCAAUGGCAAAGGGAUCAAAGUUGGCGAUGUAGUGCGCUUCAAUCAUCCGACGUUCCUCGGCACACACGCAGCUAAGCGGGUUGUGGGAAUGCCUGGGGACUUCGUCUGUCGUGACCAAGCUUUUAGUGAGGAAGCUGGGAAACAAAUGGAUAUGAUCCGGGUUCCUGAGGGUCAUGUAUUCCUUGUCGGAGACAACCUUCCCUGGUCAAGAGAUUCGCGACAAUUCGGCCCGGUGCCUCUGGGACUGAUCAAUGGCAAAGUCGUUGCAAGACUCUGGCCGAAGUUGGAAUGGGUGGAGAAUACUCUGCGACCCGCGCAAUUGGACUAA